ACACUUCCUACACCACCAAAAGCUAAGCUAGUGCGGUAGUGCCAACUACGAAGUAGGAGAAGAUGGAGAGCUCAAGGAGGGCGCUCCUCCUGGUGGCGAUGGCGGCGACGGCCAUCGGCCUCGCGAGUGCCAGUUUCCGCGACAACUGCGACAUCAAGUGGAACCCCGAGAACGCGGCCUUCUCCGACGACGGCCACGGCCUGACCAUGUCCCUAAAGAGCAACUCCUCCGGCUGCUUGCUGCAGACGAAGAAGCAGUUCAUCUACGGCAGCGUCUCCACCCUCAUCAAGCUCGUCCCGGGGAACUCCGCCGGCACCGUCACCACAUACUACACAUCGUCCGUGGGGGCCGACCAUGACGAGAUCGACUUCGAGUUCCUGGGGAACGAGACCGGGCAGCCCUACACGCUGCACACCAACGUGUUCGCCGACGGCAUGGGCAAGAAGGAGAUGCAGUUCGUGCCCUGGUUCGACCCCACCGCCGACUUCCAUGCCUACACCAUCUCCUGGACGCCCUGCAUGAUCGUCUGGUACGUCGACGACGUCCCCAUCCGGGUGUUCCGCAACUACCGGGACAAGGGCAUUGCGUACCCGAUCAAGCGUCCCAUGUUCGGCUACUCCAGCAUCUGGUCGGCGGAGGACUGGGCCACGCAGGGCGGCCGCGUCAAGGCCGACUGGUCCAAGGCACCCUUCGUCGCCGGCUACCGCGACAUGGUCCUCAACGUCUGCCCCUGCGACGGAGCCGACUCCUGCGUCUACGGUUGCGCCGGGGCGUUCAGCCACGGCGGGCGGCAGCAGAACUGUGCUGGCCUCACCGACCAGCAGCGGGCCAAGAUGCAGGAGGUGCAGAAGUCUCACAGGAUCUACGACUACUGCGUGGACUACAGGGACAACAAGAAGCCCGGCCCCGAGUGCAGCCUGCCGCAGUACUGAUCGAUCCAGCUGCUGUCCGGUCGUGGUGGUUGCACGCACCAAGGAAACAUUGGUUGGCCGGAGCCGGUCUACCACUCCUUACACGACCCAUUGAUUCGACUCGGACUUCAUUCAUUUAUUUUUGUUACAUAUACUCUUAUUGCUUCCCAGCUGUUCCUUUCCAAAUUUUGUUUCUUUUCAACAGCUCCACCAUAUACCUAUGUCUAUGUGUACAUGUACACGUGUAUCUAUAUUUGCAUUAAUUAUGCUAUAUAUGAUAUACAUGGAUGAGUUAUGUAUACCCCCUCUUUUUUUUAAUUUAUGAGACCCAACUUAGUUCCUAAGUA